UGCUGUGCGGAUGGGCGUGGUCAUCGUACACCCCCCUACUCCUCAAACGGACAUUUUUAUAAUUCCAGUUAAAGUGGCAAAAUCGGUGUCUGUCCGUAAUAUUCGAACGUUGAUUUUGAAUUUUGAAACGCAGGGCUUUUCACGUUGAAGACACUUUGAUUAAGAAGCAACAUGUUCUACACGUGCGGCCCCAAUGAAGCCAUGGUGGUGUCUGGCUUUGGCCGCUCUCCUCCUCUAAUGAUUGCUGGAGGAAGGGUGUUUGUCUUCCCAUGUAUCCAGCAGAUCCAAAGAAUAACACUCAACACACUGACUCUAAAUGUGAAGAGUGACAAAGUCUACACCCGCCGUGGUGUCCCCAUCUCUGUCACUGGUAUCGCACAGGUGAAGAUCCAGGGCCAGAACAAGGAGAUGUUGGCAACUGCCUGCCAGAUGUUUAUGGGCAAGUCUGAGUCUGAGAUUUCCCAGAUUGCUCUGGAAACACUAGAGGGACACCAGAGAGCCAUCAUUGCUCAUUUAACAGUGGAGGAGAUCUACCAGGACCGUAAGAAGUUUUCCGAGCAGGUCUUCAAAGUGGCCUCCUCUGACCUGGUCAACAUGGGAAUUGGUGUUGUCAGCUACACCCUCAAGGAUGUUCAUGAUGAUCAGGGCUACCUUCACUCCCUGGGAAAAGCCAGAACAGCUCAGGUGCAGAGGGACGCUAGAAUUGGAGAAGCCCAGUACAAACGAGAUGCUGUCAUCAGGGAGGCUCAUGCAAUGCAAGAGAAAGUGUCCGCUCAGUACAAAAAUGAAAUUGAGAUGGCAAAAUCUCAGCGAGACUAUGAGCUGAAGAAGGCAGCCUAUGAUGUUGAAGUCAACUCCAAGAAGGCUGAGUCAGAAAUGGCCUAUCAGCUUCAGGUGGCCAAGACCAAGCAGCGUAUUGAGGAGGAAAAGAUGCAGGUUCAGGUGGUGGAAAGGGGACAGCAGAUUACUCUGCAGGAGCAGGAGAUCAUUCGUAAGGAGAAGGAGCUGGAGGCCAAAGUGAAGAAGCCUGCAGAAGCAGAGAAGUACAAGCUGGAGAAGCUGGCUGAGGCACAGCGCCUGCAGCUCAUCAUGGAGGCUGAGGCUGAGGCCGAGUCCAUCAAAAUUAAGGGAGAGGCUGAGGCUUUUGCCCUGGAGGCCAAGGGUCGUGCUGAGGCUGAGCAGAUGUCCAAGAAGGCGGAAGCUUUUAAGCAAUACAAAGAAGGAGCCAUGGUGGACAUGCUGUUGGAGAAACUGCCACUGAUGGCAGAGGAGAUUAGCAAGCCACUGUCUGCGGCCCAGAAGGUCACCAUGGUGUCCAGUGGCAGCUCUGAGGUGGGAGCAGCCAAGCUUGCUGGAGAAGUGCUAGAUAUCAUGACCAGGCUGCCUAGCGCUGUGGAGAAACUCACUGGAGUUGACAUAUCCCAGGCUACAGGACACACCACUCGUGUGCGUUAAGAGGAAGAGGGUAGAAAUAAGGAGACGUCGCUGAUCUUUAGACUAGGAAGGAAAUGCUAGGACACUGUAUUCACGUCCGAUUGUUUGCAUGCAUUAGUUUGGCUUGUGUCUUUUCUUUGGUGAUUUCUCCUGCAUUCUUAAAGGGCUGUUUCUUUUGGCUUAGUCCUUUCUUCUCACGUCCCUGUUCUCUGCUCAGAUGCUGCUGCAGAGCUGUUUGUUGAUGAAGCUACUUGAGGUCAGAUAUUCCUCUAUGUGUAAUUUCAUACCUCCUAUAUGCAAGUUUUCGAGCUUACUGCAAUCAGGGAAUGGGUCAAUGAACCGCCUUUGUUUUAAGAGUUACAGUAGGAAAUGUUCAUGGCUGCAGAUCUUUACACUUUGUGUGCCUUCUGUUGUUAAAAUGCUGCUGUCACAGUAUCACCUCAUUUUUAUGGAGUUUUAUACAUGUACAUGUACACAGCCUAGUUAGAUUUGAAUUCCUUGUUUUGUGCACUUCAUUCAUUCAACAAAGUAAGAAGCUAAUGUGGUGUCUUGGUAGUUUUUAUUGCAAAAUGCAAACUGCAAUAUCAGUUUUAAAGCAACCGGAAAGAUUUGUGCAUCACGGAAGAAAAGGAAGUGGUUUGUGGGAACAAGCUGAAGUGUUUUCCUGUUGAAGGCAAUGAGAAGGUGUUGUGGCUGGAAGAAUAUUGUGACUUUUGUGCAGUUUACUGAGUAUAGUGAAAGUAACCAGUAUCUGAUUCAUCCUCCUGUUUUCAUGUGCUUGAUAUCGUUGUUCUGACCUAUAUCCAAGAUAUUAGGAUUGUUCUUUUGUCAUUAGUAUCAACUUGAUAGUGGAUAUUAUAGAUUUCUGGUUAUUACACUGGUGACUCUUUUUCUUCAUACUCUUUACUAAUUGUCCAAAGUUUUCAAGGAGCCAAGCCUUUUUGAUUGUUAACAAGUGCCUGGUCGCAAUAUCAAGAUUCACUGUGGACAAAAGCCAAAUCAGCCUAAUCUUUUAUAGUCAAUCUUUUAUUACAUGUUUUACUUAAUGUACUGUUGCAUGUCUAAUUGUAGUCUGAAAUGUAUCUGCUAAACCUAAAUAUUUACCUGUUGUGACAUGUGAAAUUGUAGACAAUAAAAUAUGGUUUAAUUACUAACAACAACAAA